GUCAUUCACGAUUCAAUCUUCUUGAAUCUUGGUGUGUGAUGUCUAGUCCGUUUUCUGUUAUUUUCAUUAUUCAGACUGGGUAACAAAAGUGACCUUUAGAUGUUUAAGUGGCCACAUUUUAUGAUUCAUCUGUUGAUCAUCUACGUUCUCUUAAAUUAGUUGUAGUUGGUGUAAGCAUGGGCAUGGAGAGAUCCUCUCCAUACCCCUGGUCUUGUUACCAGGUGAAGCUGUCACACAAUAAUCUGGAGCAGAUGUCUGGGAUCAAUAUCCCAACUGAAUUACCUCUCAUCCAGUAGAUCAAGUCUAAUAGUCCAGUUGACCUUCCUGGCCCUAUGCUACAGCCUCUAGAUUCCGGUAAUCCACGCCAACCGGAAAUAGUCUCUUCUCAAUCGAUCGUCCUAACUAGUAAUAGGCAACUUUCUUGCGCCUAGAUGCCAAAACGUUCGUCCUAGAUCUACGUUGAGAUACUUGUAAUCAAGAAGCAUUUGAGCAAUUCACUAGAGAAUCACUAAUCAGCCAGAGCCUUUCACGCAGGAAGACAAAUAAUCCGGGAAAGUGUCCGCAAUAGGAGCAUUCCACCGGCCAGGCCACCAGUUUCAUCCGCUUCGUCUACGCCGAAAACCGAGGCUAAAGAGACCAUUAUCCGGCCGAAUCCGUAGACUACGACAGUGUCAAUGCAUGUGACGGAGGCGACAUCGACAACAGUUAGAGAGGAAACUUUCUGCAUCAAAACGGAAGUUUGAAAUAAGGACUCAAAUGUGACAAGAAAAAGGAAACAUUUGAGAAAUUCCCUAUCGCUCUUCCCAUUUCACUCUUCGUUAGUCACCGUUAAAACAAGAAAUAUAUGGCAAAAUCAGAAAGAAUUCAACAACGUUAGUGCCCAUUCCCUGAGGAGAUUUUAGGGCGUUUUCUCAAUAUUUGCGAUCCCGGAAUAAAAGGAACGAGACUCGAGAAGAAAAAUUCAGACGCCUUCAAACUUUAAGGUGAUGAGAAUGUCAUUACUCCAACAUCUAGCAGGUUUCUUCUUUGCUGCUCUUCAUCUUCUUCUAUUCUCCGUCUGUCCGGCCAGCAGCCGCAUUUAUCAAACGAACGAUGCCGUCGUCAUUGAAGUUGACGGUGUGGGACCCAGCAAUUUUGCAAGUCGCAACUUUGGAAAUCUUGCACCAGUCCCGAUGACGUAUGCAGUUAAUCCGUACAUUGGCCUCUCUUCCCAGCCAUACCCCAACUUUCCGUUAUGGCCUUAUCCGCUCUACAAGCCGGCCAGCAGCUUCUCUGAUGUUGAAAACGUUACAGCAACUUCAUCUGAUUCUAAGCAGCAGAAAAUUGCCUGUGGUGUCGGACCUGCUUCACCACCGAAACGUAAAACCCCAACAGUCGGCGUUGUCGGUGGAUCGGAAGCCACCCCUAAUUCGUGGCCGUUUAUCGUGGGUCUGAGGAAAGCAGGAUUUACCGGUGUGUUUUGCGGAGGAACAAUAAUUUCCCCGACGAGAAUCCUUACAGCGGCUCACUGCGUGAACGAACUAUCGACGUACGACAUUUCGACAAUGACUGUGAGCCUUGGCAUGCACGUCCAGGGAAUUCUCCCAGACACGAACAACGACGCACAGAUGACCAGGAGAGUCACUCGCGUUGUCUACCACAAUGCUUUCAAUACAAAUACAGCAGUCAAUAACAUUGCCGUCUUGACAGUAGCCCCAGACAUCGUUUACUCGGCUGCCAUUUCACCCGUUUGUUUGCCACCAUUUAAUAACGCCGUUGAUCAAUUCAUCGGCCUAGAUGGUGCCGUCCUGGGAUGGGGAUAUUUAACAUCUGAUGGACCCUUAUCCGAUACUCUGCAACAAGCAACUGUCAAGAUUAUUUCCAACGCUGCCUGUAAUAUUCCAUAUGAAAACUUUAUCAGGCCCCAGCAUUUCUGUGCAGCAGCUGAUGGAAAAGGCCCUUGCACUAAAGAUGGUGGUGAGCCAAUUGUCGUUCAAAACCCAAACGGAUCUUGGAAACAGGCCGGCAUUGUCAGCUUUGGAAUCGGCUGUGCGGAUCCGUCAUUUCCUGCUGUUUACGCCAAUGUGGCUUUUUUUAGGAAUUGGAUUAACACUUACAUGAAAAACUAAGCGCCAGUUUGCUACCAGCCAGCUACCAGCUAAUUUUCCGAAGCCCAGGCGACACAGAUAUAGAUUACGAUCAUUCCGAAACCCACAUUAAGACCAACACAAAAUUGAUUCUUAUUACUUUUUUGUCAAAAAGUUGGCGUGUAAUUGGUUUCUUAAUUAUGGUCUUAAGAAUUUUGUUAUAAAAUUGGGGUCUGGUUCCGUU